AUGGAGAUGCACACAUCAUGGGCCAAAACCAAGAUCCAGAACUGUACCAGCCUCUGCCAAACAACCGCUUCAGUCAACGUUGAGGGUAACUCUGUCCAAAUUACGCAGAAGUUCAGGUAUCUAGACUGUGACAUCCAUUCCUCAGGCUACUCCUCCCCCAAAUCUCCAAAGUCUUGGGCUUGCCUCAUCCACCUUUGGCCAAUGAGAUUGUGUCUGGAGGAACAAACGCCUCAAGCUCACAACCAAGCUGAAGCCGGCCUUGAUCACUCUCCUCACAUUUGCGCGUCUCAAUUUGAAAGUACCAUGUUCAAGGCAGUUUUCCUGGGUGCCUUUUUCGGUUUUUUACGCGUAGGCGAGUUUGCCGUGGUUUCCAAUUCCCGGGUACAGGAGUCCGUACUAGUUUUCGGGGAUGUGCAAUUUUCGAAACCGGGGUCACAUGAUCAGUUUGUUGGCUUAACCUUUCGGCAGUCAAAAAAUAAUCAACAUGGUUUUCCACAGCGCAUUCGUCUUGUCACUACUAGUUCUAAAUCACUAUGCCCCGUUCAAGGGUUCUUAGAUUUUAUUGCUAUCCGUCCCGAGUAUCCCGGGCCGUUUUUCUGUCACUUUGAUAGCAGUCCAUUGACUCGGUACCAGUUCAAUUCGGUGUUACGUAAGGCAGUUUUCUUUGCUGGCCUAGGCGGACAACAAAUUCGGGGGCACUCGUUCCGCAUCGGUGCUGCAUCGUCCGCAGCCGCUCUCGGGGUCUCUCAUGACAAUAUCCGUGCUAUGGGCCGGUGGCGUUCCAAUGCAUUUUUGUCUUACAUUCGCCCGAUCCCUACUUGCAAUCUGCAAUCGGGCUGCUGAUUGUCCGGGUGGGGGUACCAUUUUCAUGUUAGCUUGUUUGUUAUUUCAUGCAUUUUUGGGCCGGGAUUCAAUUUCACUUAAUUUUAUUUCGUAGGUUCAGUUUGGAUUGUUGGGGACUCCUUGGUGCGUCGAGCUGAAGGUCCGUUCGGGAUUCC